CAGGGCGAUAAGAGGAAGAAACAGCCGAGGGAAGAGGGAAGUGCAGCAGGGAAAGUUAUUUGCCUCUGAAUCGACUCGAAGGCAGACAGGCAAGGAGAGGGGAGCCACAUUCACAGGAGGACUAUAUCUCUUUCUCAUGCACUCAGUCACCUGGACGCUCUGCAGCAGACAGACGUUCAUUCAUUGGGGACUCGGUGUUCGAUAGCAAAUAUAAUCAAACACUCAGGAGGACAUGAAGACCGGCAAGAAAUCCUUCAUAGCUUUCAUCAAGGAGAGAAAAAUGGGGCUGAAUGACUUCAUCCAGAGGCUGGUGUCGACCCCGCAUAUCUGCCAACAUGUUGAAGUCAACAACUUCCUGAAGAUUGAUGAGAACCAAAACGAGGAGGACAGUGAACUUCCAGAAAGCCCGAUGUUCCUACAUCCGCGAAGUUCACUGGCUGAGGACACUCAGAUCAAACCCUGUGAUUUUGACUACCUCAAAAUCAUCGGCAAAGGCAGCUUUGGAAAGGUUCUGCUGGCUCGACACAAGGAGUCCACCAAAUAUUACGCUGUCAAAGUGCUACAGAAGAAAAUCAUCAUGAAGAAGAAAGAGCACAAGCAUAUCAUGGCUGAGCGCAGUGUGCUGAUGAAGAACAUCAAACAUCCCUUCCUGGUCGGGCUGCACUACUCCUUCCAGACUACUGACAAGCUGUACUUUGUUCUCGACUAUGUCAACGGUGGAGAGCUAUUUUACCAUCUCCAGAGAGAGAGGAUCUUCCUGGAGCCCAGAGCCAGGUUCUACGCUGCUGAAAUUGCAAGUGCACUUGGCUACCUCCACUCCCUGCACAUUGUGUACAGGGACCUGAAGCCUGAGAACAUCCUGUUGGACUCACAGGGCCACAUUGUCCUCACAGACUUUGGACUCUGCAAAGAAGGUCUCGAGGCCAAUAACACAACAACAACCUUCUGCGGGACGCCUGAGUAUUUGGCUCCUGAGGUUCUCCAGAAGCAGGCGUACGACCGCACAGUCGACUGGUGGUGUCUGGGAUCGGUGCUCUACGAGAUGCUCUAUGGACUUCCCCCCUUCUACAGUCGCAACACAGCUGAGAUGUACAACAACAUCCUGCACAAGGCUCCCGUGCUGAAGCCCAACGUGUCGAACGCAGGCAGGGAACUGCUCGAGGGGCUCCUGCAGAAGGAUCGGACCAAGAGGCUGGGGGUGAAGGACGACUUUCUUGAAAUCAAGUAUCAUUCCUUCUUCUCUCCAAUCAACUGGGAGGACCUGAUGGCCAAGAAGAUCACGCCUCCAUUCAUCCCCUCGGUGAGCGGUCCCACAGACCUCCGACACUUCGACCCCGAGUUCACCCACCUGCCCGUGUCCUCCUCCCUGUGCACCGACACCAUAACUGUGACCAGCAGCGUCAAGGAAGCAGCCGGAGCUUUUCCAGGCUUCUCAUACGGGCCUCCAGCAGAACACUUGUUCAUGUGAACGCCGACAACGCCCCUUCUGUCCUGGGAACUCACAAGAAACAGGAUUUUAAAAAACAAAGCUCUAGAUGAGGAGUGUUACUUUGACUGAGGGACCACGCGGGAGUUGCCUGUACGGGAGGACGUUGAGAGGAUCUAACUGACAUAACGAACACCGGGGAGGGCAGAUCUUUGAGGGAUCGUGUGCAUGAGGUGUGUACAGAUGGGGAACGCUCAUGUUACAACACCACUGGCCCUACUCUUCUGCCUCAACCAACCAAAAUCCAAAUGUGUGCCAAGUAUGGAUGCACUCUGGGGUCAUAAAACAUCGGCUCUCUGAGGGGCUCUGGACCUCACAGCAUACUGGUGAAGUGACAUGAAGAGAAGUGCCUGAGGUUCGAAAAGGCAGUUUGGAGCGGCAGCAACGGCGUCAUAAAGAAAACAAACACACAAAACCAUUUUUAUUUUUGUUUGGACCUGAGCGCGGUGAGCUGUUUAAGGGUGAUGCCUUCAUUUACACGUCUACAUAUGUUAAAACUUGUUUUUUGUUGUUGUUGUUGUUGUUUUCAUGUAAGCGCUCAAAUUGCACUUGAGGAAACGAGGGUCAACAAAAGUGAAACAUUCUGCUUUACCUUUGGAUUAGACAGCUGCAUAUCUUUCCAUAUUUUCUUUCCAUAUCUGUCUUUUGGACAAAGAAAUAACAACAUUUCAUCCAUGGGUGUCCACUAAUAGCGAUACAUGGACCAAACUUAACACUUUUUUUGACCGGUUUGUCCUCAUAAACUGAAGAUCAAACUUUUACUGUACUGUGUAGAAGAUGAAAAAGUUACAUAUAUUUUAUUGAAAAACCAAAAAAGGUUUCCACGUUUUAAUGACCACAAACAUUCUCUUUACUGCAUAUAUUAUAAAUGAGUUAUACAUGUUUCCUAGAAUAGAUAUAUAUAUAUAUAUAUAUAUAUAUAUAUAUAUAUAUAUAUAUAUAUAGAUGACAUGAAAUUUUCCUGUAUGGCAAUAUAUUUUAUUUUUGGUUUUUCACUUACAACCAGUGACCAAUGUUUUAUUCUGCAUCUGCUGUUUGCAAACUUAAUGAAAGACGUCUCUUAAUGAUCAGGAGAGUUCAACCAGCAAUAAACAGACCCACAUCAGCGAUAGCACACACUGUAAAUCUUUCAAAUUUUAAGUGAUUGCUGUUUUAUUGCAAACACUCCGGACUAAACUAUAGAAUCUGUGAUUACAAAAUGUUUUUCUUUUUGUAUUUAUGCAUCAUGUAGAAGAAGAACUGUGAAUAUCUUGUGCCUGUCCAAGGCGGCCUGAUCCAUAUUUACUGUAUGUGCAUAUCUCCUUUUUUCCCCAAACCUCUUUGUCCCUUUUUGUAGAAAAUGACCCAUGUAAAGAAAGUCAUUAACUUUGAAGAAGAACCACCAGGUGGAGCAGGCGCUGGCUUUCCCCACUGCAUAAUAUGGUUCUGGAAAGUGCAAUAAAAUCUAAAAUAAUUAUAAUUUAAUCUCUUUUAGCAGAUGUGUAAGCUGUAAUUUAUGAUCUGAUAUGCGUUAAGUUAUUACGAAAGAAUCUCGAAUAGAGAUCGUUCAUGACUUUUGUUUUGCCCCAUUCAGUCUCCAUAUUUUAGGUGUUUGCAUACAGAGAGUGCAUUUUCAAGCCUGCUGAAAAUAAUAAAUUAAAAAAACACAAGGCAACACACAGUUCUAGAUAAUUUUCUUCCAUAUUUGGAAGUAUUAUUUUUUUUCUGUUUUGUAUUUUUUAUGUAUAUUUAUUUUCUUGCCACUGCUACUGUACAAAGGAGAUAAUUUACAUGAUCAACUGAAAUAUUGAACUGUAAUCUGUGUCAGAAACGGCAAAUAAAUUCUCUAAAAUCAA